AUGGAAACUCCAUUACACGUAGCUGCAGAAGAAGGAUGCAUUGGGUUCGCAAUGGAGAUGAUGAACUUAAAGCCAUCAUUUGCCAGGAAGCUAAACCAACAAGGUUUGAGCCCAAUUCACAUUGCGGUUAAAAAAGGGCAUAAAGAGAUGGUGCUACGCUUCCUAGAGAUUGAUAAAGAUCUUGUUCGUGUCAAAGGGAAGAAGGGUAAGACUCCCUUGCACUUGAUAAGUAAAGUUGGAAACCCUGAUGGCUUGGUCGAUAGGUUUUUGGAGGUUUGUCCCCAAAGUAUCAAAAACGUUACAACUAGGAAUCGUACUGCUUUGCAUAUUGCAGCGGAAAAGAAUAGAUUGGACUCUUUCCAAGUUCUAAUUCGAACACUUAAAAAGAAAGACUACUGUCAAGAAGUAGUGAACAGGAAAGACGAAGAUGGCAACACUGCACUGCACAUAGCUGCCAUCAAUAAUCAACCACAGAUGCUCAAACUACUACUAGAAUGCAAAGCUGAUAAGCAUGAGACCAAUGAGGCUGGUUUGACGGCACUGGAGGCAGCGCAUCAACAGAACAAUAUUGAAAGCAUUAGCAUUCUGCGUGAUUGUUUUAGUCCACGAGUUUCCAACUUUAAAUAUAAGUUGAAGAAACAAAUUGGCAGGUAUGUGGCAAAGGCAUCAUCGUUAAUCUUUGACGAUGUAGACAAUAUAUCAAGCGAGGACCGCAGUACCUUACUAAUAAUUUUAGGACUGCUUCUAACGGCAUCCUUCCAAGUGACUAUUAGCCCGCCCGGUGGUGUUUUGCAAGGAGAAAAUUUCUCAAAGUCCAAAGGAUCAUAUGAUGCAAAUGCACCGGGGAGAUCAGUCUUGGGUGCAGACUGCACUUCAAAUAUUGCUUGCAGUUUUCGCAUUAUGCUUCCAUCUAUCAAUAUGUUUCAUAGCGCCAACUCUUUUAGCAGCGAAUAUUAUCACAAUAGUUUCGAUGUUAUUUGGUCUUUUGUUGGUGUUGGUGGGCAUCACUAA